GCCUCUCAGGGGUGGAGGCAUCCCGCAAGAUGGCGGAGCAUGAUAUGAAGAGAAUGACCCAGUACAAGAGCAUGGUGCAAACGGUGGGCCAUUCAAAAAGCCUGGAUCCGGCCAUCAUAGCUGGAAUCAUGUCCAGGGAGUCCCGAGCCAGUGCUGCUCUGGUCAACGGCUGGGGAGACCAAGGCAACGGCUUUGGUCUUAUGCAAGUCGACAAACGUUUCCAUAAGCUAGUUGCCGAGUGGGACAGCAAGGAGCAUGUGAACCAGGCAACGGGGAUUCUUGUUGAUUUUAUCAACAAAAUACAGAAGAAGUUCCCUAAAUGGCCAAAGGAACACCAGCUGAAAGGGGGAAUAUCAGCCUACAAUAUAGAUGACAAAAAUGUCAAAACCUAUGAGGGUAUGGAUGUGGGCACCCCCAGGGAUGACUAUUCCAAUGAUGUGGUGGCCCGGUCACAGUGGUUCAAAACUCAAGGCUUCUAAAGUUUCUCCUAAGCUUCAGUCCUUAUAAUUGCUGGAUAUGUUGGCUUUACUGCAAACAUUUUUAUAUUCAGUCUCAUUUAUUCUCUCUACUGGCAUGUGAUGUAGGCUAAUGUUGUGAUGAUCAUGACUCAUUUGAAAGGCUUUUCCCACAAUAAAAGAUCAUGCUUUGUUUAUCAAUGGC